ACCGAGCCUUGCUCUCCGCCGGCGUCAGCUCACCACAGAGUGGGGAGGAGGAGCGCUCGGCGCCGAGCGCCGUGCAGGAGGAGGAGGAGGGAUUUUUGUUGUCCAGGGUCAAAUUAUUGUGAACCUGAGGGUUUCAUAGCAUGACCCAUGUGCUGGCUGUUGCUGGAUGAAGCUAUCCGCGCUAUCUUGUCCUCUCUGUCUGCUGCUCUCUUUGUUUUAGUGGUUUAGUUAGUGUCUUUGAUCAAUUCAGAUUCAGUGGGAAACAAAUCACUUUCUUUGUAGGUAGGCUUUUCUGUCGGAUGGAACCGUCAAUCCAAUUCAUUUUUCCUAUGGUCUAUGGAUCGAGGGUUUUAAGAAGCACAGCAAUGCUCGUGUGCUGGCUCGUGGGGAAGGAGAAGGGCAGUCAGCAAGUGAAACUGCCCCACUUGGAAGCAGUGGUGAUUGGGCGUGGCCCAGAGACAGGGAUAACGGAUAAGAGGUGCUCACGGCAGCAAGUUCAGUUAAAAGCAGAUUGUAACAAGGGAUAUGUCACAGUUAAGCAGAUAGGGGUCAACCCAAGUAGUGUUGAUCUCGUGAAUAUUGGCAAGGAUGAAGUGGUGCAAAUGAAGCCAGGCCAAGUUCUGUAUAUUGUGAAUAACCUUUACCCCUACACGGUGCACUUUGCGGAAGAGUCAGGGAAAACUGUUACAGAAGCAGAAGACAGAACAGAAACCUGCAAGAGGCCACAUGAGGACUCCUGUGAGAAUGAUGAUGCAGAGCUUGUGUCCAGAAAAACAAUGAAAAUGGAGGUGGUGGAUGCACAAGGCAGUUCUGCAAAUCCCCAGCUAAGCACUACCAGUGUAUCUCCAGGUGAAGGCACCUCAAGCAAAAAGGAGCAUUUAGGACACUGGAGUCAGGGUCUAAAGAGCUCCAUGGAAGAUCCAACACUGCAGGUUUACAAAGAUGGAAAGACUGUAGUCAUCAAGGAUAAAUAUCCCAAGGCACGUUACCAUUGGCUUGUCUUACCGUGGGAGCCCAUUUCAAGCCUGAAGUCAGUCACCAGGGACCACCUUGAACUCCUGGAACAUAUGCAUGCUGUUGGGCAGAAAAUGAUCGAUCAGUGCCCUGCCAGAGAGAGCCUGGAGUUCAGACUGGGUUACCAUGCUAUCCCCAGUAUGAGUCAGCUACAUUUGCAUGUAAUCAGCCAGGAUUUUGAUUCUAUGGCCCUGAAAACCAAAAAGCACUGGAACUCUUUUACUACUGACUAUUUCUUAAACUCUCAAGAUGUGAUAGAGAUGGUAAGAAGUAAUGGAAAAGUGAUGGUGAGAGAUCAUGUCUCUGAACUUCUCAAACUGCCCCUCAGAUGCCACCGUUGUAAACAAAAGCUGUCCACAAUCCCACAGUUAAAGGCACAUAUCCGGACGCAUCAGCCAAAAUGACUUUGCAGAAAAUGGUGUCUCACCCUGCCUUUGGAUUUCAGGUCAAAACAAAGACUGUGAAAUGUAAGUUGAAAUGUAUGUUUGUUAACUGGAAUGACAAAUGUACUGUCGGGAAAGAUAACCUGGAAACAGCAGCACACUAACUUUGUAAUAGCUUAGACAAAAAAACACCCCCCCUCCUUCAACCAAAUAAAAUCAUGAAGUGAUUUCUGAAAUUGAAGGUGUGUUUGCAGCUUUGCUGUGGUACAGCCACACUAACCUGUAUGUGAGCCAAAAAGCACAGAAGUGUUUUGUUUGGAUGAAAGGAUUUAUUUUAAUUCAGAAGCUGAACUGAGCCCAGAUCUAGGUUUCUACUGAGAACACAGAGAAACAAGGUUUAGAGGUCUUUCUGGACAUGUCUGCUGCCUAUCACUGAACUUUCUCCUAAGCUAUAAUGUUGCAGGUGCUGGUGUGGCUGACAGAACGUGCUGUCAGUGUAGGGCAAGGAGCAUCAGCUACAGCAUCCACACUUCGCUGCGCCACUGAAUGGCUUGAUUUCGGUGCUGCUGAACUUCCCCUCAGAUAUGGAGCAGGCCUUGCCCCUCACCAGGGUGCAGCAUAGCCACUGCUCAGGCUCUAAGUGGGGCAGACAAUGUCUUUCAUUUACAAAGAUGUAUUUAAGCAUUUUUAUAAUAGGCAACAAUCAGCUUUUCUGCUCCCCAGAGUAAUGAACUAUCAGGGUUUGCAGUUGCUUGUCCGCAUAUGUUGAGUUUGGUACAGAAAUUGUGGGGUAUAAUCCUGCCCUGUUUCUCCAGAUCAGGAUUUUGGUGAGCCUCUAAUAAUUCGAUUAUUUUCAAGAUGUGAAUUUGCAGAGAGGCAGCAGAGCAGUACUAAUAAAAACCUGUUUCUGGGUCCAGAACUGGUGUGCACCAUUCAAAUUUCAUCCUAAGCCCAGCUCUGACUUGUUAAGUAAGAUGCCUUCUGGGUGAGAUGGCUUUCAGUAAAUUAGCUCGCAGUGCUUUUGCUACACAAGGAAAAUGCUGCUCCUAAAUCUUGAUAGCACAUUUUGUGGGAAGAGGGUGUCCUGUUCUCUUGUCCCCCCAUGCAGCUGCAUGUUGCUAUACAGACUCCGAUGGGCAAAUAUUAAACUCAUUGCUGCUGGAGAAGGACAAAGACAUUCCUGUCAUGGAACUGUCCCGAAAAAUGGGUUCUUUCACCUGGUGUGCAAGGAGUCAAGUUUAUUUCAUGCCAGCACAGAGAUUGGUGCUGGGUGGUAAAUCCACAGAGCAGCACACCCAGUUACAGCCAAGCAGUGUAUUUAUAUUUUCAAAAUACUGUAGUUACCCAGUUUCUAAAUAAAAGUCUAUUCAAUAGCUAUUGGACAA